AUGGAGCCUGUCCGGGAGCCCCCCAGGAGGAGCCGGCCCCCUCCACCACCCGCUCCAGCCGCGUCCGCUCCUUUGCCAAGAGUACUGUCCCCUGGGGACGGGGAGGGCCGGGGCCAGGAGGUGCUGCUGAGAAGAUCAGGAUCCGGGUACGAGGGCAGUACCAGCUGGAAGGCGGCCUUGGAGGAUACAACGACCCGCCUGUUGUUAGGAGCCAUUGCAGUCCUCCUUUUUGCCAUCCUAGUUGUGAUGAGUAUACUUGCUUCCAAGGGCUGUAUCAAAUGUGAUGCGCCAUGCCCAGAAGAUUGGCUACUCUAUGGAAGGAAAUGCUAUUUCUUUUCUGAAGAACCAAGAGAUUGGAACACAGGGCGCCAGUACUGCCACACUCAUGAGGCAUCCCUAACUGUGAUCCAGAGCCAGAAGGAGUUGGAAUUUAUGUUCAAAUUCACCAGGAAGGAACCCUGGAUUGGCCUGAGGAGAGUAGGGGACGAAUUUCACUGGGUCAACGGAGAUCCAUUUCACCCAGACGAGUUCUCUGUCUCAGGUCAUGGGGAGUGUGUCUUCGUGGAUCCCACCAGACUCGUCACAUCAGAUUGCCUGAUGACCAGGCCCUGGGUAUGCAGUAAGAUGGCAUACACGUGAGACAGGGGUGUGGCAGAGUGAGAAGCAGGCCAGUACAUGCCUCUCUCUAUGCCUUGGCCCAGUGAUGAGAGGCCCCAGGUCUCACCCCAACACUCACUACAGAGCCACCGAUCCUGGAAGUUUUCUUUGUCAGCCAUGAAGCUGUGAGACAAUAGUAUAUUAUCCCCAGGUCUUAGCCCUGGGCUCCUGGUUCCCUCCUCUGUACAUAUCCUAUCCAACUUGCUGUGCCAUUCUAGACAGGUUUUGACGCCUGGUUAUGCCUCUGCCUUCCCCUUUGGCUAAGUAGCACACAACUAUGCUUCCCUCAAGGCCACGUGUGGGCACCAUGUACGACUGUUGCCUGUAGUGAGGGAUAACAAAGUGAAUGUUUAUCAUCAACGUUAGCAUCACCUCCCCAUAAGCAGCUCCUACAUUUAUUGUAGCCCCAUGAAAGCAAGUAGCUCCUCUCCGCCGGAUAUUUACUUAUUUUGCUUGAUCAAAGGAGCCCUUCCUGAUGUUUUAGAGGCACUGAAUUUUACCUUAUUCCACUGGUUUUUAACUUAAUU